CCAAGCAGAAAGACGAAAUCAAGGAAUCCUUUUAAAUGGAGUGCCAAGCUACAGGAAACCCGAAAACCGGAGAGGCAACCGCCCAGUGCGGAUUGAGGGUCGGGGAUGAUCUUGCCAGCGCUCGGGCCGGAGUAUUCGCCUCCACUCCAGGCGCUGGUGGUCCAGUCACCAAGGGAGUUUAUGGAGCGGUCAACGCCAAUGGCCAUGCUCUAUCGCUGCAGCAUGGCCACAUCGAGGGCAUGGGCAGCACCACCACUGCCGCAGCCCAAGCCAAUCUCUUCCAGAGCAACAACGCCGCCCUGAAUGCCACUGCCUUCCACAGUCAUAGUCGAUCACACGAUCAGUUUGGUGGUGGACUCAAUUUGCAAACUGGAGCGGGUCACCAGGCGGCAGUGGGGGUUACUAGGGUGCCGCAGUUUGGUAUGACCGCCGUCCAGGCUUCUGGCACUGCGAAUCUGUAUACCUCUCCAAGUGGAAACCUCAAUCUCAACGCCACCGGAAGUGCCAAUCAUCACUUGAGGGGACCGAUGCGCGGAAAGUCCGAUUUCGGCACCGGAGUUAACUUGAGAUAUAAUUUUUGAUU